UCCAAGGCCACCAUUUUGUUUGGAAUGGGUGACGUGUCAAACCAUUAAUGUCAAAAACGAAAUGUCAAAGUCAUCAUUCUUUUAAGGAUUUCCCUAGCGAGGAAAUUUUAUUUGUUUUGUCAUCAUCAUUUGUAAGUUUGUAGUUUCAUCUAAUUUUAAUUCAGAAGUUUGUCUCGCUGGCAAAACAAUUUACGUGAUUAGAAAGUGUACAACUAAGUUACAUUUAAUAUUUAACGUGGUUAACCACACCAAUAUAGACUUUCAUUGACCAUCGACCAUAUUAAUAAAACUAUAAUUAAAAAUGAGUGAUACAACUUCAAAUCCAACACAUCCAGGACUGCAGAGAAGUUUAAAUUUUAAUGGUUUAAAGCAACAUGUAAUAUCACAUAAAAUUGAUUGUGGAUUAUGGUUAAUUAGGGUGUUUGCUAUUAUCUUUUCUCUAGCUUAUUUCAUUCCAAUCUUUGGUAAUUCCUAUAACUACUAUUACAAAGUAUUGCUUGCAAAUGCAGCGAUCAGUGCGCUGAGGUUACACCAGAGGCUGGGACCGGUGCAGUUCAAUCGACAAUUUCUUGCACAACUGUUAACAGAAGACAGCUGCCAUUAUCUCUUCUAUUCGCUGAUGUUCCUGUAUGUUGCACCUGUUUCAUUGGUACUCGUACCAAUUUUGUUAUUCUGCAUACUCCACUCUGCCAGCUAUUCAUUGACUUUAUUGGAUACUUUAGGACAGAAUUCUUGGUGGGGCGCAAGAUUGCUCAUUUCUUUGGUGGAGUUCCAAUCUUUGAAUAUCUUAAAAGGAGUUGCUUUCACGGAAAUCUUUCUGAUGCCCUACACAGUCUUUUUAAUCAUAUUGGGUAGAGCGAGUCUUCUAACACCAUUCAUCUAUUAUCAAUUCUUGUCUCAAAGGUACGCGUCCAGAAGGAACCCGUACACGAGGAGCAUGUUCCGGGAGUUGAGGGUACUUUUCGAAAGAACAGCAUCGAAGCCCAGCCUCCCUUCGUUUGUCAAACAAUUCCUUAUGUUCAUAGUCAACUUUACUACGAAGUUGGCGCCACAACAUUACCAGGCGCCUCAGGGGCAGCAACAACAAUAAAAAAAUAUAUCACAAAAAUGAAAGUUUUAAGUUUACUUUCGAAUCUCUAAACAAGUACAUAUUUAUGUGCUUGUUUAGAGAUUCUAUUUUCUGUCCAUAUUAUUGAAUGAUAUUUGUGUUGUAUAAGGAUGAAAGUGUCGGGAUUUUGGUAGUUUUAGGUUUAUAUUAUUUCGAAUUUUCGAAUAACUUGUGGGCGAGGAAGUUUUUGAUGUACAGAGGAAAAGAUUACACAAACUAGAUCAAAAUGAUUGAUUGUAGGUAGAAUACAUAAGGAGAUUUUUUAUUAUUACUUGUUUAAUAAUAUUUCAAUAAAAGUAUUAGGUUUUUUUUAUUAAAUUGUUUUUAUUUUAAUCAUUGUUGAUUGUUAUUUUUGUAGACAAAAUAUUUAGUUUAUCAAAAAUGU